AUGGUUCGUCGUAACAGAGAUUCCGAUGAUAAUGAACGUCCAGCACGUCGUAAACAAUUUAAACGACCUGGAAACGAAGAUAAUGAAACACCAGCUCCAGUAAAUCCAUCAGGAACUUUAGACAUUCGUAAUAAAAUGAUUCGUCAGUUAAUGUAUGCGAAAUUAAAACGUUCAAAAUCGAAAACUAAAUUACAAGAACGUAAAGCAAGACAAAAAUCAGGUGAACCAAAAGAAGAACCAAAAACAAUUGAAAAAAAACGUAAACGUGAUGAAACAUGGGUCGAUGAAGAUGAUCAAGAAGCACUUGAUGAUAUAACAAAUGAUGAAUUAAACAAUUAUUUCACACGAAAAGCUGAUGGAAGUCAACCAAAAUUAUUGCUAACAAGUCAAGAAGGUUUUCCAACAUCAUUUACAAAUAAAUUUCUUAAAGAACUAGCAAGAGUUCUACCAAAUACAACAUAUUUUCAACGGCGACAUCAUCCUAUUAAACGAAUUAUUAAAAAAAUGAAUAAAUUAGAUUAUACAGAUUUACUUGUUAUCAAUGAAGAUCAUGGUAAACCAUGUACUCUAUAUAUAUCUCAUUUACCUGAAGGACCAACAAUGAAAUUUCGUUUAACAAGUGCUAAGUUAUCAAAACAAUUACGUUCAAAUCGUGGUAAAUCAUGUGCUAAAUUAACUAUUCGACCUGAAAUUAUUCUUAAUAAUUUUAAUACACGUAUUGGUAUACGUGUUGGUCGUCUUUUAGCAGCAUUAUUUCCUCAUGAUCCACAAUAUAAACAUCGUCAUGUGAUUACAUUUCAUAAUCAACGUGAUUUCAUAUUCUUUCGUCAUCAUAUGUACUUAUUUAAGAAUGAUAAAAAAGUUGCUUUACAAGAAUUAGGACCACGAUUUACAAUCAAACUUAAAACAAUUCAACGUGGUACAUUUGAUGCAGUGUAUGGUGAAUAUGAAUGGAUGCAUAAACCAAAACAUAAAAUGGAUACAGAAAGAGCAAAAUUUUUUCUGUAA